GACCAAUGUUGUUGAUAGCGUGAGCAGAGAAAGGUGCUUAGCUGCCCUCCACUCUUCUUUCAGAUAUUUCCAACUUUCAAGGUUGUUCUUCGUGGACAGAAGUUCUCCUGGUGAAGCGGUUGUCCAGCUGCCAACAUGGACUUCCAGCACAGAGCUGGCGGCAAGACGGGCAGUGGUGGGGUGGCCUCCUCCUCGGAGAGCAACCGAGACCGCAGAGAACGCUUACGGCAGUUGGCGUUGGAGACCAUCGAUAUCAACAAGGAUCCCUACUUCAUGAAAAAUCACUUGGGAUCCUAUGAAUGCAAACUCUGUCUUACUCUGCACAACAAUGAGGGAAGCUACCUCGCUCACACACAAGGCAAGAAGCAUCAGACCAAUUUGGCUCGGAGAGCAGCCAAAGAGGCGAAAGAAGCUCCUGCACAGCCUGCACCUGAAAAGGUCAAGGUCGAGGUCAAGAAGUUUGUUAAAAUUGGGCGACCGGGAUACAAAGUGACAAAGCAGAGGGAUCCAGAGAGUAACCAGCAGAGUCUUCUGUUUCAGAUUGAUUAUCCAGAGAUAGCAGAGGGCAUUGGUCCUCGGCAUCGCUUCAUGUCGGCCUAUGAGCAGCGCAUCGAGCCCCCAGACCGCCGCUGGCAGUACCUGCUACUGGCUGCCGAACCAUACGAGACCAUCGCCUUCAAGGUUCCUAGCAGAGAGAUUGACAAGGCAGAGAGCAAGUUUUGGACUCAUUGGAAUAGAGAAACGAAGCAGUUCUUCCUGCAGUUCCACUUCCGCAUGGAGAAGAUGACUCCCAUGCCUGGCGGCCCGGCGCCCCCCAUGGGGGUGAAGCGGCCGCCCCCUCUCAUGAGCAGCAUGGACCCUCGGCCGCCCAACGACCACCCCAUGCCCCCUCCUCCACCGGGCGGGAUGCGCAUGCCCCCGCUGCCCCCCGGGGCACCAGGACCACCACCGAUGCCACACCAGAUGCGUGGCCACCACGGAAUGCCUCCCAUGCCACCCAUGAUGAGACCCCCAUUGCCCACAGGUGGACCGGGAAGGAUGCCCCCACCACCAUCAAACUGAUGAGGACACUGGGGGAUAGGAAAGUGCCCCUGUUUGGCAAUGCCCAUUGGCAUCACUUUGUCUCCCAACUUUAUUUUGUCAUUUCAAGUUUAGAGAGGGAGAGGGACAGAGCAACUUGUAGAGAGUUACUUGUGCACAAUCCCUGGUGCUGAACAAAAAGAUUACGUAUUUUUGGAAAAAAGGUUCGCACACUUUUUUGGAUUUUUCUUCUUGAAUCUGAGGAAGACCGAGAGGUCGAAACGUCAUUGCCAAUGGAUGAAUAAAUAAAAAGAUGAAAAAAUAACUUCAAGAAGAAAAAUCCAAAGAAGUGUGCGAACCUUUUUUCAAAAAAAAAAAAGAGGGACAGAGCAAGCCAUGGAGGCAAGCGGACACGCUCAUUGCUCACUUGGUAGUUGACCAAGUCAGUGUUUUGGUUUUGGUUUGGAGAUGUCAGCAUAGAAAAUGAAUGGAAGCUGAGUUUCCUGUCCCAUAACCCAACCUACGGAAGAGUGCUCGACUGCUGUUUUUACGCUGGUAUGACAUGAUGAAUGAAUCUAUUUUGAAGAUGUUCAUGAUGUGUUUUUCUGUUUUUAUUACUGUUGGAAAUUUGUAUUUAAUAGUAUGUAGGUCUCACCAAAGAGACUGAAAACUUUUUAUCAUUAUUAAAACAAUGAAGAAAGUUUUA